AAUUAAUAUUUAAAAAAUAAAAAAUGAUUUCAUCAGAAUAAAAUUAACAAUCUAUAAUAUUAACUUAAAAUGGAGCACCACCAUUACCAGAAGAAGACCAUCCAAUAAUAAGAGAAGAAGAAAUAGACAAAAAAUAUUUAUGAAAUAAAAAAAGAUCUAUUUCUUAAAAAAAUUAUCUUAGAAAAAAAUCACAACUAUAAAAAAACAAAAAAUACAACUCAAAGAGGACAAAACAAACUAUGACUAAUAUAAUUAUAAAAAGGAAGGAUAUUUUUUCGCUGAUUAAAUUUAAAUAGAUGGAGAGACAAUAUUUACAAUUCCAUUUGAAGAUUAAAUGAAAGAUGAAAAUGAUCUUCCGAAACGUAAAUCACGUUGGGGUGACAGACCAUAAAUUCGCUAAAAAAUAUAAAACCCAGUUAUAUUUAAUCCAUUAUAAGGUUUAAAAACAGGUUACGGCCUUCUCGCAUUAACACACGAAAGUAACAAAAUUAAUUCAUAUUUUUAGGCUCCAGUAUAAGAACCUGCCCCAUCAAGAUGGGGAGCUGAAUAUGAGAAGACUUUUCACCCUCCAUUAUUAAAUUAUAUACCUUUAUAAAUAAGCGACGAUGAUUUCGAGUAUUUGAUAAGAUUAUAUCGGCUAGAUGAAAUAAAUAAUAAGUAGUUAUAUAAAACCAAAAAUAUUUUAGAUGAUGAAGAUUGUAGAUCACCUUCACCGGAACCUAUAUAUAAUGAAUCAGGAAAGAGAAUUAAUACACGUGAUAUAGUUGAAUACGAAACAAUAUAAAAGGAAAAACAUAACUUAAUAGAAGAAUGUAUGAAAAUUAAUCCUACAUUUGUGCCUCCUCAUGAUUAUAAGCAUUUAAAAAAAACAAAAAAAAUAUACCUUCCAGAAAGUCAUGCAGAGUAAUUAAAAUAAAGAAUCAUAGGACCAAAAGGUGCCACCCAUAAAAGCUUAGAAUAACAAACAAGUUGUAAAAUUAGCAUUAAAGGAAAAGGUUCAGGAAACGGAAGUAGAAGAGUUGAUAAUGAUACAAAUGAUAAAUUACAUGUUUUUAUAACUGCUUAAACAGAAGAAUAAUUAGAAAAAGCAACAAAACUUAUAGAUGAAAUAUUAAGAGGGGAAGAUAAAAAAAACGAAACUCCUUAUAAUUAAAUUGCUAUUAUUACUGAUUACCUUAAUUAAGAUUUUUGUCCUAAAUGUCAUUAAACAGGCCAUAGAGUUUGGGAAUGUACAGCAAAAACUACGUUUGAUAAAAUCGAAAUUAAAUGCUAAAUUUGUGGUGAUAAAGGACAUGUUACUAUUGAUUGCAAAUUAAAAAAAGAUAAUCUACAAUAACAAAUACAAGUUUUAUAACAGAUUAAAUACAUAUAGACCCUAGCCAACUGA